CCAUACCACCCGGCAGAAUUAAGAAAAAUAAUUGAACCCGAAUCACUAUCGCAGCAAUUUUCGGGCCCCUCUAUCGCAACCGUCCGCAGUAUUCAGAUUGCAGGUCUGCGAACAGUUGCGACCAUGCCGGCACAAAAGACAGUAGACUCGCGGAUUCCGACCCUCAUCCGCAAUGGCCUGCAGGAAAAAAAGCGCAGCUUCUUCGUCGUGGUCGGCGACCGUUCCAAGGAUGCCAUUGUCCACCUGUAUUAUAUCAUGUCCAGCAUGGACGUGAGGCAGAACAAGUCGGUUCUAUGGGCAUACAAGAACAAACUCCUCGGCUUCACGAGUCACCGCAAGAAGCGCGAGAACAAGAUCAAGAAGGAAAUCAAGCGCGGGAUUCGCGAACCCAAUUCCGAAGACCCGUUCGAGCUCUUCAUCUCGCUUCACGACAUUCGAUAUGUCUACUACAAGGAAACCGACAAGAUUCUGGGCAACACAUAUGGCAUGUGCAUUCUUCAAGACUUCGAGGCUAUAACACCCAAUAUUCUCGCCAGGACCAUCGAGACAGUCGAGGGUGGAGGCCUAGUGGUGCUCUUGCUGAAGGGCAUGAGCAGCCUGAAACAGCUCUACACUCUUUCCAUGGACGUCCACUCACGGUACCGAACGGAGGCCCACGACGACGUUGUAGCGAGGUUCAAUGAGCGCUUCAUCCUGUCCCUCGGUAGUUGCGAAUCUUGUUUGGUGAUUGACGACGAGCUCAACGUUCUCCCGAUAUCAGGCGGGAAGGGCGUGAAGCCACUCCCGCCACCUGAUGAGGACGAACCCAAGAGUGCGGCGGCGCAGGAGCUAGAGAAGAUGAAGGAGGCCCUCCAAGACACACAACCGAUCGGGUCGCUCGUCAAGUUGGCCCGCACGACAGAUCAGGCGAAGGCUUUGCUUACGUUUGUGGAUGCCAUUGCCGAGAAGACUCUCCGGAAUACGGUUACCCUGACCGCAGCGCGUGGCCGAGGUAAAUCUGCCGCUAUGGGCGUUGCCAUUGCAGCCGCCGUUGCCUACGGAUACAGCAACAUCUUCAUCACCUCGCCAUCUCCCGAAAAUUUGAAGACACUGUUCGAAUUCGUCUUCAAGGGCUUUGACGCGCUUGAUUACAAAGACCAUGCCGAUUACUCCAUCAUCCAGUCAACAAAUCCCGAUUUCAACAAGGCUAUUGUUCGAGUCAACAUCCACAGGAACCAUCGGCAGACCAUCCAGUAUAUCCGGCCUCAGGACAGCCAUGUGCUCGGACAGGCCGAGUUGGUCGUGAUUGAUGAAGCGGCGGCUAUUCCGCUGCCCCUAGUGAAGAAGCUCAUGGGGCCGUACCUGGUGUUUAUGGCCUCUACAAUCAGCGGUUACGAAGGGACGGGCCGGUCGCUGUCGUUGAAGCUCAUCAAGCAGCUGAGGGAGCAAUCCAGGGCGGGCGCCAAUUCCAACGGCAGCGGCUCGGUCGAGAUCGAUCGAUCGAGCGGACGGGCAACCAAGGAGACAACUUCAGUUGGCGGUCGGUCGCUGAAGGAGAUCACGCUUUCUGAGCCCAUCCGUUACGCCCAGGGAGAUAAGGUGGAGAAAUGGCUCAAUAUGCUUCUCUGCCUAGAUGCCACACUGCCGAAAUCCAAGCUCAGCACGCAGGGGUGUCCGGACCCUUCGCAAUGCGAGCUGCUACACGUCAACCGCGACACCCUCUUCUCCUUCCAUCCGGUGUCUGAAAAGUUUCUGCAGCAGAUGGUUGCGCUCUACGUUGCAAGCCACUACAAGAACUCGCCGAACGACCUGCAGCUUAUGAGCGAUGCGCCAGCCCACGAACUUUUCGUUCUCACGGGCCCGAUUGUUGAAGGUCGCCUGCCAGAACCCCUGUGUGUGAUUCAAGUGUCCCUGGAAGGGAAGAUCAGCAAGGAGAGCAUCCUGAAGAGCUUGAGCAGAGGCCAGCAACCUGCUGGUGAUCUGAUUCCGUGGCUGGUGAGCCAGCAGUUCCAAGACGACGAAUUCGCUUCCCUGUCGGGUGCUCGUGUGGUCCGGAUAGCAACGAAUCCGGAUUAUAUGUCGAUGGGGUACGGCUCAAAAGCGCUGCAACUGCUGAUUGACUACUACGAGGGCAAAUUCGCCGACCUCUCGGAGGAAGGCAGCAGCACAGUGCCGCAGUCGAUUCCCAGGGUCACGGAUGCUGAGCUUGCUCAGGCUAGUCUGUUUGACGAGAUCAAAGUUCGGGACAUGAACGAGCUGCCGCCGCUGUUCGCAAAGCUGGCGGAGCGUCGACCUGAGAAGCUCGACUACGUGGGUGUAAGCUACGGCUUAACGCAGCCGCUGCACAAAUUUUGGAAGCGGGCCUCGUUUGCCCCGGUCUACCUCCGGCAAACUGCCAACGAACUCACGGGCGAACACACGUGCGUCAUGAUUCGGCCUCUCCAAGACGGGAACGACCCGAGCUGGCUCGGCGCCUUUGCGAAUGACUUCCAUCGUCGUUUCCUGUCUCUCCUCUCGUACAAGUUCCGCGAGUUCCCGUCCAUCCUUGCCUUGACGAUUGAGGAAUCUGCCAGUUCUGGCGCGCAGCUGGAUCCGUCCGCAACACCGACUGAAAUCACCAAGAGCGACCUGGACGCGCUCUUUACGCCAUUUGACCUCAAGCGCCUGGAGUCCUACGCCAAUGGGUUGCUCGAUUACCAUGUUGUUCUGGACCUCAUGCCCACGAUUGCGCAGCUGUACUUCAGCGGCAGGUUGAAGUCAAGCGCCAAGCUGAGUGGCCUGCAACAGGCUAUUCUCCUGGCCAUCGGAAUGCAGCGGAAAGAGGUUGAGACUGUUGCCGAGGAGCUGUCACUGCCGGCUUCGCAGGUUCUCGCUAUUUUCAUCAAGAUCAUGCGAAAGAUCACGUCUCACCUAAACUCGCUGGUUGCCGGAGCCGUCGAGGCCGAGAUGCCGGAUGCGAACAAGGUCGGCGUGAGCCGAGAAAACGCGACAGGGAUUCACGACGACGAGGUGAUUGACACGAAGUACACGCCUCUCGAAACCAGACUAGAGGACGAGCUGGAAGAGGGAGGCGACGAGGCGCUGAGUGAGCUGCGAGCCAAGCAGAGGGAGCUCAUUGACUCUCUCCCGCUGGACCAGUAUGAGAUCGAGGGCGAUGAUGCGGCAUGGGAAGAGGCGGAGAGACGAGUACAACGGGCGGCCAAGAGCGGAAAGGGCGCUCCGAUGGUGAGUGUCAAGACGAAGGCGAAGCGCAAGGUGGAGGAGACGGAUGGCCACGAGGAGAAGGGAGGUGACAAGGGGCAUUCCAAGUCCAAGAAGGCGAAGCGGGAGAAAAAGAAGUGAAGCGAUUCUAUGUGUUGGUAAGAUAUAGGAUUGUUUUUUCCUACCAUUGUCUAAACAAGAUACCCAGGCCUACGGCCUUCUCAUCUGGCUCUCCUAAGUGAAUAUUACUGCGGCAUAUUCGGUCGGUGCCGGAGGAGCGACCCCAUGGGCUUGUACAUAGCAGGAUUCGGAACAUACCUGAAGCGGAGAGUCGGUCCGUGAUUGGCUCCGAGACGAGGGCAAAACUCGCAAUAUCGCAAAUCAAAGUGCGGCUGAUGAACAACACGUAAAGUUAACAAUUGCGACCUAAGACGCUUGGUAAGAUUGGGAUUGAUUGAAAAACUCUUUUCUCCUCUCUGAACUGUUUUGAGUGGCUCUUGCCGGCGUUCUUCGACCGUGCCGCGCAAAGAAUUCUGGAUUCAGCGGUG